AUGAGCCCUGUCGAAAUGCUUUCGGGGUAUCGCUAUCACUCUCUGCCAGAACUAUCAGGUAAACGGGAUCCUGUACACUCAAGAUUGUCUAUUACUCGAACCGUACGAGUUCAGCUCCACGAAGAAUUUUGUCGCUUGGAUAUCGACCUGCAAUCCGUUAUUCGAGCUGCCUUCGCCAAAGUCCUUUUGGGUUACAUUGAUUCUACAGAGUUUUUAUUCGGAGAGCAGCGAAGCACUCCCAACGAUGGAACUUCCUCACUUGGUCUUUUGCGCCUCAGUCUUUCAGGCUGCGAUAAUUGGGUUGCUUUUGCGCAACAUGUCAAACAACAAGCUAGCGCCUAUGAAGAUGUCUCCCUGGAGCAUGUUCGAUCGAACCUCGGGCUCCCGCCUGAAACCAAUCCGCUCCCAGCUCGUUUCAUUCAAGGAGCAUUUGACAGCGCCACACCGGCCUACUUUGAUGGCUUGCUUGCACUUGGUAUCCCAAGGACACGAACGGACGGAGAGCCCUAUUUAUCUUCUGAAGGGAGCGAACGUGUCGAAUUGUCAGUAGUUUGUGACAGCGCUAUUAUGUCCGAGCCUGCACUUCAAAAUUAUGUCGAGCAAGUUUGCGCAACAGUUCAUUUUAUCUGUACCAACCCGGCAGUAUCACCAGCAUCUGUUAUCCCACUUCCGAGUAAUCUUAUGUCUGCCUAUGAGGAGGACUAUGAUUCCUCCCGGGCCCAUGUCGCUGUCGAUUGGUUGAUGCAUAAUGCAGCUACUCGUCCAGAUGCGAUCGCACACGAAAUAUACAGCACGUUGGAAGAACCCCCUGUCCUUCUCUCGUAUGCGGAAUUGAACUCUCGGAGCAACGCACUCGCCAAUUGGUUUACAAAGCAUGGAGUUCAGCUCGAAGACAAAGUGGCUGUUUGUCGUGCCCGAGACGAACAUUUUUACGUCGCAAAUGCGGCUCUAUUCAAAUGCGGGGCGUGCUACGUAUCGAUCGACCCCGAAUUGCCGUCGGAAAGACGUCAGUUCAUUGUUCGCGAUAGCGGUGCAAAGUUUGUUGUCACCACAGCGUCGUUGGCGCCUGAUUUCGGCGACGUUGCAUUGGUACCUGAAAAUGCAAAGGUGGCAAGAGAUAUCUCAGAACAGCCGUCGGAUGAUAUAUGCCUGGCACAGCUAGACUCGCUUGCUUACUUGCUGUACACUUCCGGAACGACCGGGACACCCAAAGGCUGUUUGCUGAACCACAGGGGACUCUACUGGGCUAUCGAAGCCAUGUGCGCUUAUCCAAGGCCAGUAACUAAUCCGAAUACAGACAAACGGUUGGCUUUAGCUUCCAUUGCUUUCGACGUGCAUAUUUCUGAGAUCUGUCAGACGUGGUGCCUGGGGAUUCGUCUCGUUAGCGCACCUCGUUACGAGAUUUUGGCAGACCUACAGGAAAAUCUGAUCAAUCUUGGUAUCACACACGCCGGGAUGGUCCCUAGCAUGAUUGAAGCUACUCUUAGUGGCCCAGAUGAUCUUCCAUUGAAAUACUUGGUUUCUGGAGGAGAAAAAAUAUCAGAUUCUUUGCUUCGCAAAUGGGCUAACCACCCUUCGCUUAUAUUGGCCAAUUUCUACGGUCCAACUGAAGCCACCAUUGGUUGCACUUCGCGGUUAAUUAGACAAAGUGAUCGCAAGGAGAACAUUGGGCAUCCAUUCCCGUCGUGUCGGGCCUACGUAGUAGAUGCGAACAUGAACAUAGUACCUCGUGGCAAUCCAGGUGAACUCGUUGUUGAGGGCCCACUAGUCGGCCGUGGAUACCAUAAUCUUCCCGAGGUCACCGCUAAGGCCUUCAAAAAGUGGCCUACCCUUGAGUCUAAUACCUACUGUACGGGAGACCUCGUGCGUAUGAUGCCGGAUGACACAAUCGAAAUUAUGGGACGGAUCGACACUCAGAUCAAGUUGCGGGGAGUCCGUAUCGAGAGCGAAGGUGUUUCAAAUGUGCUUCGCAAAGCAUCAGAACAGCCUUUGGAUAUCGCAACCUUGAUCGCCAAGCACCCCGAGUCGGGCUCCGAUCUGCUAGUUAGCUUCGUCGCUUUCGGGGACCGCCAGAUAUCCGUCGCUGAAAGACGCUCUGGGCACGUUGAAUUGGCUCAUGACUUCCCUCCGACACUGAUGAGGCACUAA